AUACAUUUGUUUCUCGAUAUAGUAAAUGUAAAACCAUAUGUUGCUAUGUUUGCACACACAAUUCAACAACUACAAUGUCUCAAUCAAGCACUAAUUGUUAUUUUAUUGUUACAAAUCGCGAGGUUACUUCACUUACAAUCAAAUUGUAACCCUAUUGUUAUUUUUCGUAAAUAUUUGUUUUCAUAUACUUUUGUUUUAAAUUUUAUUUGCGUCAAUGUUAGGCUAGAUUUUGAGUAUAAAAAGAUCGGGGAAUUUUGUAUCGGCAUCAGUUCGGUUCCAACUCUCAAUCAAAAUGAGAGGAACAACCUUCGUGAUCCUUUGCUGCGCCUUGCAGUUCGCAAUCGCCAAUGAGUGGGACUACUUCAACGGGAUCGACUUUUCCGGUGUCGAAAAUAUCCCUGGUGCUCACCAGACUAUCUUGAACGAAACUGACAAGAUAAUCAGAGAUGAGAGCGGAAACUACGAAGAAGUCAAAACAGUUCGAUCGAAGAUAGAAUUCGCAAACCUUCCUCCAGGAUUACAACAUCAUGGAAAAGGCAAACAUAAAACUAUAACAUACGUUAUAGACGUCGACGAUGAAGGUAAUGAAACAAUUUACGAAGAAGAAUCCACAAUUACCAAGAUGCCUAAUCCAUACGAAGCUACAGCAUCCGCUUCCGCCUCUGCAUCUUCUGUUAGCCAAUCUGGAGGACCCCGACGUGACAACGUUGGCUCGUCAGUAACAUCAAGUUCAACUUCGGGUACAUCAUCUGGACCAAGAUCUCCAGUAAGACCUAAUAAGCCAGGUUAUGGAGCUGGAAGUUCGGGAGCAUCAGCCGGAGGAUCGGCCUCAGCUGGAGCAUCAGCUGGACAAUCUGGAGCAGCCGGUCGCAAUGGACGCAAGGGUAAUUACGGAUCAGGCGCUUCAACUUCAUCUGGAGCAACUUCAUCUGUGUCAAGAAGAGAAUACGACAUAGAAAUUAUAACUAACGAACAGUCAUCAUCAACUGCAUCUGCAUCAGCUGGAGCCGGAGCAGGAGCAGGAGGUUCAGGACGUUAUGGAGACUAUGGAUAUAACGACUUAGACUCAGAGGUAGCAACAGCCGCAGCAGCAGCAGCAGGUGGUGCUGGACAAUCUGGUUUGGUUGGCCGCAAUGGCCGUGGAUCACAGUCAGGAGCUGGAGCAGGAGCAUCUGCCGCUGCAGGUGCCGGAGCCACUGGACAAUCUGGUUUGGGUGGACGUAACGGUCGCUACGGUGGUUAUGGACUAGGAGGAUCACAAUCAAGUUCUGGAGCUGGAGCCUCAGCAGCAGCUGGAGGAGCUGGACUAUAUGGUGAAUACGGAUUGGACGGUUUAGACGCCGAGGCAGCAGCAGCAGCAGCAGCGGCAGCAGCAGCAGCAGCAGCAGCAGCAAACGGUGGUGACCUGUCUGGUUUGGGUGGACUUUACGGCGCAUACGGAUCUGGCUCACAGUCAGGAGCAGGCGCAGGAGCUGGAGCAUCAGCUGCAGCAGGCACUGGCGCAGCUGGACAAUAUGGCUUGGGUGGUCGCAAUGGACGCUACGGCGGAUAUGGACCAGCUGGAUCGCAAUCUGGUGCAGGUGCAGCAGCUUCAGCAGGAGCAGCCUCUUCAGCUGGUGGUCAAGGUGCCAGAGGAAAACGAGUCCAACAACUGGGACCUUAUGGAUCACAAGGACGUGAUGCCUACAACGGAUAUGGAUCAGACGACUUUGCUUCAGCCAGUGCUGCAGCCGCAGCCGAAGCAGAAGCAGCAGCCGCAGCCGCAGAAGCAGCAGUAGAAGCUGAAGCAGACGCACUGGCUGUGUCUGCAGCAGCAGCAGCUGAGGCAGAAGCAGAAGCUGAAGCAGCAACAGCAGCAGCAGCUGGAGGUAGAGGUGGAUCACGAGGAGUCGACUCACGUGGUAGACGUAUUGGAGGAUAUGGAUCAGGCAGUUCAGGAGCAUCAGCCGGAGCAUCCGCUUCUGCUGGAGCGUCAGCUGGACAAUCUGAAGCAGCCGGUCGCAACGGACGCAAUGGCUAUGGAUCAAGCGCUUCAGCUUCAUCUGGAGCAGCUUCGUCUGUGUCAAGAAGAGAGUACGACAUCGAAAUAAGAACUAACGGCCAGUCAUCAUCAACUGCAUCUGCAUCUACAGGAGCAGGAGCAGGAGGUUCAGGAGUGUAUGGAGACUACGGAUAUGAUGACUUGGACGCAGAGGCAGCAGCAGCAGCAGCAGCAGGUGGUGCUGGACAAUCUGGUUUGGUUGGACGCAAUGGCCGUGGAUCACAGUUAGGAGCAGGUGCAGGAGCAUCUGCCGCUGCAGGUGCCGGAGCCGCUGGUGAAUCUGGUCUGGGUGGACGCAACGGACGUUACGGUGGUUAUGGACCAGCUGGAUCACAAGCAGGUGCUGGAGCUGGAGCCGGAGCAGCAGCAGGUGGCGAUGGACUUUAUGGUGAAUACGGAUUAGAUGGUUUAGACGCCGAGGCAGCAGCAGAAGCAGCAGCAGCAGCAGCAGCAGCAGCAAACGGUGGUGACCUGUCUGGUUUAGGUGGACUCUACGGUAGAUACGGUUCUGGCUCACAGUCAGGAGCAGGCGCCGGAGCCGGUGCAUCAGCUGCAGCAGGUGCUGGAGCCGCUGGACAAUCUGGCUUGGGUGGUCGCAAUGGACGUUACGGCGGAUAUGGACCAGCUGGAUCGCAAUCUGGUGCAGGUGCAGCAGCUUCAGCAGGAGCAGCCUCUUCAGCAGGUGGUCAAGGUGGCAGAGGAAAACGCGUCCAACAACUUGGACCUUACGGAUCACAAGGACGUGACGGCUACAACGGAUAUGGAUCAGACGACUUUGCUUCAGCAAGUGCUGCAGCCGCAGCCGAAGCAGAAGCAGCCGCCGCAGCCGCCGAAGCAGCAGUAGACGCUGAAGCAAACGCACUGGCUGUGUCUGAAGCAGCAGCAGCUGAGGCAGAAGCAGAAGCUGAAGCAGCAUCUGCAGCAGCAGCAGCUGGUGGUAGAGCAGGAUCACGAGGAGUCGAUGCACGCGGUAGACGUAUUGGAGGAUAUGGAUCCGGCAGUUCAGGAGCAUCAGCAGGAGCAUCUGCUUCAGCUGGAGCUGCAUCCGCAGGCAACAGCUACGUGGAUGAAGUUAUUGUGAUUGAAAAUGGGUCUUAUGGAACUUCUUCUGUAGCUAGUUCCUCGUCAGGUUCAUACGCACCGUACGGAGUAGGACCUGUUGCUGGCAGUGGUUCCGCUGCAGCAGCCGGAGCUAGCGCUUCUGCCGGUAGCCAGUCGGGAGCUUUCGGCCCAAGAGGUCGCAAGGACUGCCGUAUCACCCGCAGAAACUUAUUUGUUAAGUUCGGCACCCGCCGGGCACCGUGCACUACUUGCUAGGUUCUUGUAAUAUUUUUUGUCUCUUUUCUCUGGAUACAUCUUUUGUUUUUAAUGUAAAUAAAUUCUGGCAUUUUA